AUGACGUCAAAUGACAAUAGAAUGGUAGUUUACGAGCAAGGAGAACCCAUUAAGAUCGAUUGCACCCAUUUAUUUACCACGUCAGAGAAAUUCCCAACAAAAGAAGCUUUAAUGGCAUGGGUUCGUAAAGUAUGUAAAAGAAUUGGAAUGGUGUUAAUGAUUGCGGGUUCGAGUGACGGGGAUAGAGGACGUAGGACACCGUAUGUGAUUGUUCGUUGUGAGCGUGGGGGCCUUUAUGCUGGCAAGAAGGUAUCCAGUGAAGAUGAUCAAAGACCGGGAAAGAGGAGCACUGGUUCAAAAAAAUGCAAUUGUCCGUUUAAAUUGAAGGGGACAAAAGAACACAAGGAUGAUGAAAAGGCUGAGUGGAAAUUGGAUGUUUAUGGUGGUAUUCACAACCACAACUUGUUUGAAAACUUGCACGGACACUCUUAUGCUGGAAGAUUAUCAAAGGAGCAGACUUCACUUGUUCACACUUUGAAGAAAGCAAUGGUCAAACCAAGGGCAAUUCUAAGAUUAUUGAAGGAAAAUGACCCGUCUAAUGUAACUGGUAUGAAGACAGUUUAA